AUGUUUCGAUUAAAUAAUGUGAGACUUUUUUUAAAAAGUAAAAUUAGAUUUAGUGGUGGAAAGCAACAUCCAAAAUGGGUUGUUAAGGAUAAAGAAAAAUAUAAUAUUUUUACUUAUGAUAAUUCAUACUAUGGAGAAAAUUUUAGAUAUAAUAACUUUAUAUUACAUUUAAGAUCAUAUAAAUAUUAUAUUGAUUAUAUCAUUGAAAACAUUUAUAGAACGCUUAAAAAUUGUGCAACAUUUUUUUUUAAUCCAAUAAAACAUUUUAUAUUAAAACAUAACCCUGAUAUUCGUUAUCAGUUAGUAGCUCUGAUGGCCUUUUUUGGAACAACAUCUGCUAUAACAUGUUAUCACAAUAAUAUUUAUCAAAAUAUAAUAGAUGUGACAAAUAUGUUAGAAUUAGGAGUAGUAGAUGAUAUGAAAGAAAAUAAUUUUUUUGAUACACAAAGUGAACUACAAAAUAAAAAUAUCGAUGAUUACAGUCAAGAUCAUGAAAGAUUAACAAAUUUAUGGGAAAUGGCAUUAAAAGAUGCUACACAGAAAAAUAGCUUUAAUCAGUUAUGCAAGUUUUUAACCAUAAAAGAUGAUGAACCAAUAGUUAGUUUCAAACCAAAAUACAUAUGGAGAUAUAAUAUGAUACCUUAUGGAGAAAACAACCCUGAUACGAAAACAUUUGCAAUUCCUGCUUCAGAAAAACCUUUUAGAUCAUUUGCUUUAAAUUUUACAUACAAUAACUUAUCAGGAAAUUGGGGAGAUUAUAUUGAUAGAAGAGAUAAUAAAGGAUCAUUAUUAAGACCUUCAAGAUAUAUGUUUACGGAUGUAUUAAUACCCGCAACCAAAUAA